AUGAGGUCUCGAUUGUCAGUGAGACGUCCACACAUCAGAACACAGGUGACGAAUCGUAGAAAGAAUCUCGGAAGAGCCGCCAGAUCACAAUACAAUCAAUUCCGUCAAUGGUGAGUUUUAGCCCUUUUGGGCCUUUUGAAAAUAAUUUCAUUUGGGUUUUUCCAGGCUUCAAACUGCUGUGCUUCCCGAUCCAGUUAGCGAAAAACGUGCUCUCAUUUUUGCCGCCCUUGCUCUCCCAGAAACUGAAACAGUGAGUUUUUGAUUUGAUCAAUUGCAUUUUCUUAUCUACAGUAUCCUGCAAAACAUAUUUUUGUUUUUUUGUUUCAGUUUUGAUAGAAGAAUUUUUGGAGUUUUAAUCGCUUUUUUUUCAAAAAAUAUGUGCAGAAUUUUUUCUAAAUAUAAAAACUGAGAAAUUUAGAAUGUAACCGGGGAAAUUUUAAAGAAAUUUCCUAACUUUGAAUUUUCAGGUCCAAGUAUCCAAAUCAUCCAAGAAAUCUGACAAGAAAAAAUCCAAGAAAGACAAUGCCAAACAAGAGGAAGCCGUAAGAAUUGCCGAACAGAAGAAAGCAGCUGAACGCGAAGCUCGUCGCGUUGAAGCGGAAGCUAAGAAGCGUGCUGCUGAAGAAGAGGAACACCGCAGAUGGAAAGCCGAACAGGAAAAAAUCGAAAUUGAAAAUGCGAAAAAGGAAGAGGAAGUGAAACAAUUAAAGGCGCAACAAAAGAAAGCCAACAAGUCCAAAAAAUCUGCUCAACCAGCCGUUGAAGAAGAAGUUAUUGUGAAGAAAGUUGAGCAAGUUCAAAACGCCGCCCCAGCUCCGACUCCAAAAUCGAACAAAUCCGAACCAGCCCCAGCCGAACCAGUUAAAGAAGUGAGAAUUUACAGAAAAAAUAUUGAAAAUGAAGGAAUCUGUUUUCAGAACUCGAAGAAAUCCAACAAGAAAAACAAGAAGAACAGCGAAUCUGAAAAAAUCUGCCCCAGCUCCAGUCGAGGUUAGUUUAUUUUUCGACAUUUUUUUUCAGAUAUUCUGUAGUUUAGUAUCAUGAAUUAUGUGACGUAGAUGCACUUUAUGUUUGCAUGUUAAGGCCGUAUUUUUUAGGAACCAAAACAAGUCGAACCUGCUCCAGAACCAGUUGUUGUUGAAGAAGUUGCUCAAGUUGCUGAACCUGUUGCCGAGGUAAGUUUCGGAGAGCCAAUAGAAAAUGUUUAUGUUCGUUGUGUUGUCCAAAGCAUGGAAAUAUAUUGUUGUCCUUUUCAAUUUGAAAACAGAAAACAAAAAAGAGAAAUAAAAAGAACACAUCACAAAACCCGAUAACCUCACCUCUCACCUUUUACAGAAAGUAUCGCCAGUUUUGAAUGAGACACAGGUAAGAAUUAGCAUGCUUCUAGGUAGCGAUCAUUUUUUCCUAUGCACGUUAAUGUUCUAAUUUCCCAAUUUUUCACAGAAAUCCUCCAAAAAGGAUAAGAAGAAGAGUGAAUCGGAGGCUCAGUCUUCAACUAAACCAACCGCUGAUGAUCUUGGAUUUUUGGAUUUUGUAACACCAAAGAAUGAGGAACCGGAAACACAGAUUGUUGUCGAAACUGCUCAAACUGCACCUGGAAAUAAGAACAAAAAUAAGAAAAAUAAGAAGAAUAGUGAAUCUGAUAAAACUUCUGGUAUCCCACCUGUUGAACAAUUGGGAGAUCCAAACUUCAAAUCUGAAUUUAUCACUGAUGAUCAUGUUGUUGUUAAUCUUGAACCGAUUCCUCUUCCAAAAACUAUUGAUGUUGGACUUCUCGAAGAGCCAUUAUCAAAUAAUGAACCGGCUGGUAAAAAGAACAAGAAAAAUAAGAAGAAUAGUGAAUCAGAGUCUCAAUCAUCAACAAAACCAAUCGCUGAUGAUCUCGGAUUCUUGGACUUUGUAACACCCAAAAAAGAUGUUGAAGAAAUUAUCGAAGCACCAAAAAUUGAAACACCUGUUGAAUCUGCCCCAACUCCUGCUGCAUCAAAGAAAAAUAAGAAGAACAAGAAAAACAGUGAAUCUGAAAAUGUUACAUCACCAAUUUCUGCUAAGCCAACUGCUGACAACUUGGAUUUCUUAGAUUUUGUAACUCCUAAAAAAGAAACUUCUGAGGAGCCAUUGCAAAAAGCUGAACCAGUUCAACCACCAAAACUGGAAGAUGUUGAUAUUCAAGAGUUGGUUGGAAAAUCAGCACCAGAAGAGUCUGCUGAUAACAAAAAGUCAAAGAAAAACAAGAAGAAUAAGAAGAACAGUGAAUCUGAAAGCAGCCCAGUUAUAACAUCGGAAAAACCAACUGCUGAAAAUCUCGAUUUCUUGGAUUUCGUUACACCAAAAAAAGAAACUUCUGAGGAGCCUUUGCAAAAAGCUGAACCAGUUCAACCACCAAAAUUGGAAGAUGUUGAUAUUCAAGAGUUGGUUGGAAAAUCAGCACCAGAAGAGUCCGCUGAUAACAAAAAGUCAAAGAAAAAUAAGAAAAACAAGAAGAAUAGUGAAUCGGAAAACACACCUUCACCAACUUCUGCCAAUCCAACUGCUGAAAAUCUCGACUUUUUGGAUUUCGUCACACCAAAGAAAGAAACUGUUGAGGAAGUUGUUGAAGCACCAAAGAUUGAAACACCUGUAGAAUCUGCUCCGACUCCAGCUGCAUCAAAGAAAAAUAAGAAAAACAAGAAAAACAGUGAAUCAGAGACUGCUCCAAUUGUUGUUUCAGAAAAACCAAUCGCUGACGAUCUUGGAUUCUUGGAUUUCGUAACAGCUAAAAAAGAAAAAUCUGUAGAAGCUGAAAUUCCAGCCAAAUCGGAACAACAAGAAGCUCCAGCAUCAGGCAAGAAAAACAAGAAGAACAAGAAGUCAAGUGAAUCGGAAUCUUCUCCAGUGCCUGCUGUGGAAACAUCAGCACCAGUUUCAUCCAAGAAAAAUAAGAAGAAUAGUGAAUCUGACAAGACUGCUGGAAUUCCACCAGUUGAACAAUUGGGAGAUCCAAACUUCAAAUCAGAACUAAUCUCGGAGGACCAUGUUGUUGAAAAUCUUGAACCAAUCAAACCACCAACAUCAAUAAACGCUCGAGAUGUUCUUGCAAGACCACACGAAACACAUUCCAAGAAAAACAAGAAGAAUAAGCAUAAGAAACAUGCUGAUAAUAGUGUCUCACCACAACAAACUGAAGAAGAUUUGGCAUUUUUGGAGUUUUUGGCAGCUGGAGAUAAAAAAGCAGCAGAAUCCUCAAAUGCGUUCCCAUCAACUGAAGAAGAAAAAGAGUUUGUGAAAAAUGUUCAAAAACAAAUGGAAAACACAUAUCAAUUUGCUGAACCUGUGCAACCACCAAAAGUCGAUAAUAUUGAUAUUCAAGAACUGAUUGGUUCAAAACCAAAGAAAUCACAAAAUAAGAAGAAGAAUGCUGAAGCAGAAGUUCCUUUGAACACCCAAUAUUGGACUAAACCAGCUGAUGAUGAUCUUGAUUUGGAAGAAUAUUCAAAUCAAAAUAAAAAGGUCAGAAGCUUGCUUUGCUUUAAAAUUAACAACACUUUAUGUUUCGUUUUUGCAUGCUUUUGUGUUUCUUUUUUCUCUAUUAUUCAGUUUCGAAACAUUGCCAGAAAUAAUAGUAUCUUUCUAAUAGUUUCGACUAGAAUAGAUUUCAGUUUAUUAAAAAAAGUUUGAUUUCGUAAAAAAAUCUAUGAUUUUUCAGACUAAAGUAUCCCAAAAACCAACUGCUGAUACUAUGGACUUUUUGGAUUUCGUUACCGCUAAACCAGAAAAGGUUGUCGAAGCCGCUCCAGAACCAGUUCAAGAGGUCAGUUUAAUUGUAGAUUUGUGAAAAUAUUAGAAACAUUGAAAUUUUCCAGCAACCAAAACCAGCUUCCAACAAACCAACCGCUGAUACCAUGGACUUUUUGGACUUUGUAACUGCCAAACCAGAAAAAGUCGAAGAAGAACCAGUUGUUGCUGCUCCAACUCACGUUGAGCCAACACAAGAGGUUAGUUUGAUAACCAAAAUAACCCCAAACAUUUUCAGAUUCCCAAAUAUGAAUAAAAAGAUAUUAUACAUAGGAAAAAAAAGGUAUAGAGUGCCACGCUUCUAUUUUUAUUUUCAUUUUUGUCUUUUUCAAUAAUAAGUAAUUUCAUAGUGUGGAUUUGUUAAGUUUUUUGGUUGAUUAUUCGAUUCUUUAGGAUUUGGUUGUUGAUGAUGAACAACUAGGUUGGGAAAUGGUAGAACCCUCUGAUGACGAAAUUGAAACAAAUUAUGUAAUUGUGGAUAGUCAUGAGAAUUCCAGCGGAGAUGAGGUGAUUGACUGCUUUCCAUAUUUUAUUUUGAGUAUAUCUUAUUUUUUUUCUGACUAUAACUGACCCCGCUGGAACGAGUUUUCUUUUUCAUAAUUUAACAGUGUGAUUCAUAUAAUAUUUUCUCGCUUACGAAUCUUUUUUCUAGGCAAUUCAUGACGACUUGGGAAAUGAUGACGAUUUUAGUGAAAAGGUGAUUGAUUAACUAUGAAAUAUUUAAAGAUUCAACUUAAAAUAUGGGCUAAAUAUGGGCUAAAUUAUCAACAACAAAAAAUCUGGAAAACAUAGAAUAAUAUUUUCAGCAUGAAGAGGAAACUCAAGUACUAGACAUUUCUGAACAAGUUUUGGAAAAUUCACAGGUUGAGGAGGUUUCACAGGUUUUAGAUAGAGGUUCAGAAAUUAGUGCAAAGUUAGAUGAUUCUGAAGUUUUUGAAGAAGUAGACAUAGAUUUGGGGACUUCUGAUGUUGUUAGUUUUGACAAAACUGAAGAGCCUCUUCUUGAACAAGUUUCGGAGAUUUUCGAAAGUACUGAAGAAAACUCGAUUGAAACCACACCAGGACUUGCUUUUGACUCUUCCGAAGAUUGUGAAUCUGUCAUUGAAUGUUCGGCAGCAUCUGAAACUGUGACAACAAAAGAUACGGAAAACAUAUCGGAAAUCACUCCGGAAGCAUCCGUUUUUGUUGCUGAAUCAGUACUUGAAGAUGUUGCAAACAUUCCAACCGAUUCUCAAAAAGCAGAAGAAGCGUCAGAUACUAUAAUUUCAAACAUUCAAAAUACUCCUGAAAUAAUUGAAGAGUCAGAAAGUGUUAUGGAUUCAGAAGAUACUACAAACUCUGAUUUGAUUGGUGCAUCAGUUUCUGAAAAUAAUUUCUUUGAAACUGCUCCUAUUUCCGAAGAGCCUAGAGUUACUGAAGAAUCUAUCCCUGUUGAUUCUGCAAUUAUUGAAGAAUCGGUAUCAAUUAGUAUCAUAGAACAAGUUCCUGAAACAUCUGUGGUUUCCGAGUUUGAUUCAACUUUCGAAGAAGUUUCCAAACACGUUCAAGAAAGUUCUGAUAUUUUCGAAGAAUCUGCACCAGAAAGCUCACCAGAAUCGCUUUUCGAAACAUCUACAACUUCAGAACCUAUCACAGAAUCAUCUGGAGAUUCCGAAUCGAUUCUUGAAUCGGAAGUUUCUAUUGAUUCUCACAAUUUCAUGGAAUUUGAAUCUAUUCAAGGAAUUCCAAUGAAUACUGGAAUCAUACCAGAAAUCACAUUAGAACCUCCAACUCCAAUCGAUUCUGCACUUCUUGAUGACGAAUCUCAAAGUUCUGACGAUUUUUAUGUUGGUACUUCUGAAAUUUCAAUAGAAACUGAAACCUUUGUGAAUCCUGAUUCUGACUCAGAAACUAGUACAAUAAUUGAGAAUCCAAAAAGAAAAUGUUCUUACUCAAACGGUUCAAUUCAUGCAGAGGUGAUUCAAGUAACUUAACUUAACUUAACUUACUCCCACAAUAAUUGCUAGCAUAUUCCUUAAAAUCCGCGCUACUCUUUAAAAAAUAUAUCUUUUCUACCAGGAAACAAUAUUUAAUUAAAAAUCCCAUUCCUUCCGCAUGUUCCAAUCUAAACGCAACCUAACUCAAUAAUAAUGUUAUAUUUAGAAGUGAUUUUUUAGGUUUCCCCGCGCUCGGCUGCUCCACCUCUUACUAUUGAGUCACAAUUUGAUGUUGUUGGGAAUGUUGUUGAAUCAGUUGUUGAAUCUGUAGACAAUCUCAUAGGUAUUCUUGGAGCCGCUAAAAAGAAUGAGGUAAAUUAUAAUUCUAAAUAUUCUUGUUUUAGAACCAUGUGUCUUUCCAGAUAGGCUCUAUUGUCCCUUCUGUAGUUCCUGAUGUUUUCAUUGAUGACUAUGAGGUACUAUUUGAGAGAAAAAACCUGUAAAAUUUUCCCUGUUAGAAAAAUAAUUCCUUUCCUUUAUGUUUUUCCUUCUCACACUCGGGAAAAAAGUAGCAAGUCUGGCGACAAAAAAUAGACUUCUAGCCAGCUUGCGACCAUUUUUAGCAAGCUUGCUACAUUUUUUCCCAUUAUAAAAAUUGUAGCAAGCUUGCUAAAAAUGGUCGCAAGCUGGCCAAAAGUCUAUUUUUUUCGCCAGACUUGCUACUUUUUUCCCGAGCAUAUUUCCCUCUUUCAGGCCCCAACAGCUGCUGGAAACAAGAAGAACAAGAAUAAGAAGAACAAGAAUAAGAAAAAUAGUGAAUCAGAAGCCGCCCCAGCUGUAGCUGAAGCUCAGACCACCCAAGAAGUUGUUGAAGAGGUCUUUGAGAAGAAAAUCGUUGCCCCAAGCACUGAAGAGAAGAAGGUUAACAUUUUUAUCUCAUUCCCAAAAAUGCUUCCCGAGCUAACUUAUUUUCACAAAAUCAAUUCCUCUCAUCUCAUUUUUUUCAGGAAACUACAAGCAAGAACAAGAAGAACAAGAAAAAGGGAAGUGGAAAUUCGGAAUCAAAAGAAGUUGUCAUCCCAGCUGCUGAAACGACUACCGAAGGAACUUUUGUUGAAAUUCCAGUGAGUUUUUUCUAAUUGUUCAAAAAAUAUUUUCAUUUUCUUCAAAUUUUCAUUUCCAACAUCUAACUUUUUACGUGUGAAUCAUUUUUAGUCUAACGAACCAAUCGUCAACGGAACUGGAUCACCAAGCAGUGACAAGGAAAACGCCACUGCCAACCAAACUGUCAUCUCUGACACCACAAAUGAAGCAUCUGUUGGUGCCACUGGUGGAAACUCCAAGAAAAACAAGAAGAAUAAGAACAAGAAGAACAAGAACUCCAAUUCGAUCUCACUUCAAGAAGAUGAUUAUGACAAUUUGGCUGACGCUGAAGUUCAAGCCAUCACCGGAGGAUCUGAUUCACCACCACUUCAAGUUCACGAAGUUACCAGUACUUUAAAUGGAGGGGUUGAACAAACCACAACUACUAUUCAAGUUACUCAAGCUUUGGGUGACUCGAAAGUCUCUCCAACACAAUUCCAAAAGAAUGUUGAGAGCCUUGUUCAAGCUACACUCGCCAAACAAGAAUUUGUCAAGAUUGAUCCAACUGUUGUAAGUUCAUAUUUAAUUUUAUAUUUAUAUACAUUUUUGAGUGAAAAAUUAGAUACCUAGUGAGUGUAAUUUUAGAAACUCCAAAUCGACGCUCAACUCAUCAGAUUGGCUGAAAAGAAAGCACCAGCCGUUGUUAUGGAGCACAAAAACUAUAUUAAACCAUUGCCAUUGGAACUCCACAUCUCUCGCCCAUCGGUUUGUUGUUUUUAGUUUUUAUUCUGAAUUUGUUGUUCAUUUUACAUUUUCAAAGUUUCCAUUCAGUAAACUAAUAUAUCAUUUUUAAAUAAAAUAACUAAACAAUUGAAACCAACAUUUUCAGACUCCAAGCCGUGAUAGACUUUACAAAUUGUUGCCAAAGGAUAUCUUGUUCUGCGCUGGAUUGAUUGAUACAUACGGAGAGGAUUAUGCUGUAAGAUUUUCAUAAUACUUGUUUUUCAAAAUAAUAACAUUAUUUUUGCAGGCGAUGGUUAAUGACUCAAGAAACGUUUUCAAGGAGAACUCGCGCGCUCUUCAACGAAAGAUCAGAAUUUUCAAGGAUUCCCCACACUUCCAAACAUAUUUGCGCGCCAAGGAAGAAAAUCGACCAUUGGAAGAUGUAAUUGCUAACGAAGCAAUUGCUCAUUAA